AUGCUCCAAUAUAUAAAUUUAAAAUCUUUAUUUUUUCUUUUUAUAUUUUCAUUAUUAGCUAAAUGCGGUAUACCCGGAUUACAUAAAUGGUUAAUUAACAACUUUCCUAGUUGUGUAAAAGUUGUUCAUAAAAAUAAUUUACUUGAUAUAAAAAACUUUAAAAGAAAUAUUAAAAUAAAUACAACUAAAAAAAAGGAAAAUAUAUUUGAAGUAGAUAAUUUAUUAUUUGAUUUAAAUCAACUACUUCACAAAGCAAACGUGAAAUUUAUUAGUUAUGACAAUUAUUUUUUUAAAUUGUCUAUCUUAAUAAAAAAUGUAUUGAAAAAGUUUCAUCCUAGUAAAAAUGUUAUUUUUGCGAUUGACGGAAUAUGCCCAUUUUCAAAAUUGAAAUUACAAAUAAAAAGAAGAGCAAAGGUGAAAUCACAAGAAAAUGAAAACUUGCAUAUUUCUGAAAAUGAUAAAUAUAUAAAUGAUAUAACAUGUGGAAGUAUAUUUAUAAAUAAAAUUUCUUAUUUUCUUGUGAAUUUUGUAAAAUAUUUAUCAUCACUUCAGAAGUAUGAAAAUGUAAAAUUUUUUGUUUCUACUGAUAAAGAAAUAGGAGAAGGUGAACUUAAACUUAUGAAUUGGAUAAAUAAUUAUGUUUAUAUCGAAAAGAACAAAAAAAAAACGAAUAAUAAAAAUAAUGACAAUUCAAAUAAACCACAAAGAGAUAUUAAUAUAUUUGCUGGAGACAAUAAAAAAUAUUAUAAAAAUGUAGAAGAAGAAUCAUUUGUUAUAGUUGGUGCUGAUGCAGACUUAUUACUACAAUGCUUAGCUUUAGACAAUAUACAUAACAUAUUUAUAUAUACAUAUCAAACAUUUAAUAUGAAUAUAUGUGAUAAUAAAAAUAAGAAGGAAAAUCAUCUAAUGGGAUAUGAAAAAAGUAAUUUUACUAAGAAUAAUAAGGAUGAAUUAAUAGGAAAUUUAAAAAAAAAUAAAAAAAAAAUAAAGGUUUUAUAUAAUUUAAGUACUUUUAUUAAUUUAUUUUUAAAUAAAUAUCCUCAAUCUUUUGAAUUUAUAAAAAGAGAUUUAUUGAUUUUAUUUAUUUUAAAAGGAAAUGAUUACCUACCAAAAAUUAAAGAAGGAAAUUUCUGCAUUUUUUUUGAAGCAUAUUUUAAGAUGUUAGAAAAAAUUAAAAAAAUUAAAAAUGAAGAAAUAUACUGUGGAUUUUUAAAUAAAAAUUAUGUAUUAAAUAAAAAAAACUUUUUAACUUUUUUAAAUGAAGUACAGAAAAUUAUUAGCUUUUCUAAUAAUUUUUUAAAUUAUAAUAGUCAAGAUGCUAGUAAUAAUAGCACAAAUACAAAUGAAAAUAUUUUUAAAGAAAAUUAUUCUUGUCUUCCGUUAUCUUUCUUAAAUGAAUUAAUAAGUAAACGUAUAAUAGAAAAGGAUGAUAUACUAAUAGAAAUUAUUAAAGAAAAUGAUUUAUAUAAAUGUACUCUGACAUAUUUUAAAAAUAAUGAAAAAUAUUACUAUUCAGCUGCUUCAAAAAAAAAAAAAAUUUCGAUGCAUAUAGCAGCUUAUAGUCUCUUAAAAAAUAAUUUUUCUUCAUAUAUAAAGUAUAUUGAUUCAAAAAUACUUGAUAGCAACAAAAAGGAAACAAAUGGCAUUAAAGAGAUGAAUUGUGACGAUUCACUAAAAAAUAAAAGCUCUUAUUUGGAAAAGGAAAAAAAAAAAUUUAGCAUAAGAGAAAAAGAACCUAAAAUAAAUGACGAGAGUAAAAGUAACAUAAUAAAUAAUGAAAUAAAAAGCAGGGAAGUAAAUAAUAGGAAUAGUAAUAAAAUGGAUAAAACAAAAAUUAUUAAUUCAAAUGAAAAAUGCAACUAUGUAUUUAAUGGAAACCAUGAAAAUGAAGACAUGAAAAUGGAAAUAUAUUUGACAAAGGUUUAUCAAGAAAAAUAUAAAAAUAAAAUGAAUUACGAAGAAGAAAAGAAAAUUGUUGAAAAUUAUAUACAAGGCAUACAUUGGGUAAUAGAAAUGUAUACAAAGACAUAUUGCAAAAAUUUUAAUUUUUUUUACAAAUAUUUAUCCAGCCCUUCAUUAUUAAGUUUGUAUUACCAUUUGUCAAAAUCUGAUGAAUUAACAAAUUAUAAUAGUGGCUAUGAAAAUAUUAUGAAAAAUAUUAAUUUAAAUAUUUUUAAAAAUAAUUAUGAAUAUUAUAAUUUUAUUAAUUUUUGUAUUAAUAAAUACAAUAACUUGAAAUUCAAAUUAAAUUCUUUAAAAAAUGAGCAACAUGAUGAAGAAAAAGAAGAAAUUAAAAAAUCUUCCUUUAUAAUAAUGAAUAAAAAAAAAAAUAAUUUUUUUGAAAAUAUAUAUGAUAUUUUAUUUUCAAAAAAUAUAAAUAUUGUAAAAGAUAAUAUUAAAAAAUUAAAUAAAAUAUUAAGAACUACAGUGUAUAACAAAAGAAUUAUUAAUUACUACUGGAAUAUCUACGCACAAAAAUUAAAAAAGUUUUAUAAAAUAAUAUUUUACAAAGGUAAAAAAAUAUAUAUAUCAAAAUUUUCUUUAUUUGAAGUAAGAUUAGAUACUAAUAAAGCAAAUAAUUCUACUUACGAACAAAAACUUACUAAAAAUAAGAUUUACAAUAAUGAGGAAAAAUUGGAUAUCGAAUUUGAUAAUUUUAACGACAGAUUAAAUAAUUUAAAAAAAAAUAGAAUUUUUUGUAAAAAUUCAUUAAAUUACUCUAAUAAAAAAAAGAUAAUAAAAAAAAUAACACAAAAAAAAUAUAUAAAAGUAGUUUAUCGUUAA